AUGUUUCCUCAGUUGAAAUGGUUCUACGUUGUCAUUGCUUACAUCCUGGCCCCAUCCCUGGCGUUCUGCAACGCCUACGGAACGGGUCUCACCGACAUGAACAUGGCGCACAAUUACGGCAAAGUGGCGCUCUUCGUGGUGGCAGCAAUGAGUGGGAGAGACAAGGGCGUAGUGGCGGGACUCGUAGCUUGCGGUCUGGUGAAAUCCGUGGUCUCUGUGGCUUGUACUCUGAUGCACGAUUUCAAAACGGCGUAUUACACGUGCACUUCUCCCAAGGCUAUGUUCAUAUGCCAGUUGAUCGGCACUGCUCUGGGGUGCGUGAUAGCUCCCCUCAGCUUCUUUCUCUUCUACAAGGCCUUCGAUGUGGGGAACCCGAAUGGGGAGUUCAAGGCUCCUUACGCGCUUAUUUACAGAAACAUGGCGGUGUUGGGAGUGGAGGGUUUGUCGGCGCUGCCCCAUCAUUGCUUGCAGCUUUGCUACGGGUUCUUCGGCUUUGCGGUGGCCGUGAACUUGGUGAGGGACAUUUGCCCGAAGAAGAUUGGGAAGUGGAUGUCCUUGCCCAUGGUGAUGGCGAUACCAUUUCUGGUUGGAGCGUACUUCGCCAUCGAUAUGUGCCUGGGGAGUUUUGUGGUUUAUGUGUGGCAGAAGGUUAACCCAAACAAAGCAGAGGCCAUGCUUCCUGCAACUGCCUCUGGACUCAUUUGUGGGGAAGGCCUGUGGGCGCUUCCGGCUUCCAUUCUCGCUCUCGCCAAAAUUAAGUCUCCUAUCUGCAUGAAAUUUUUUGCAUCAUAG